CUUUAAUUUUGUUGUGUGUACUACUUUUUCUUCUUCGUUUGCUCCAUAACUUAUCUCUCUCUCAUAAUCUCAUCCCCUUAAAUUUUGAAAUUUGUACUUUCGACAUUAUAUUCACCCACUUCUCUUCGCUGCAAAACUAAGCAACUAUGGCUUUCAGAGGGAGGAAUGCACAAUCUGGUAUAGGAGUUGGUGAGCACACCAAAAACACAUUUACGGAAUUGCAAAGGAAGAAGGUGCACCGUUAUGUGGUGUUUAAGAUUGAUGAGAAAAAGAAGGAAGUAGUUGUGGAAAAGACCGGAGGACCUUCAGAAAGUUAUGAUGAUUUUCUUGCAUCGUUGCCUGAGAAUGAUUGCCGCUAUGCAGUUUAUGAUUACGACUAUGUGACCUCCGAGAACUGCCAGAAGAGCAAAAUCUUUUUUGUUGCAUGGUCCCCAUCUGUGUCCCGUAUUCGGUCCAAGAUGCUCUAUGCAACAUCCAAGGACAGCUUGAGGAGGGAGUUGGAAGGAAUCCAUUAUGAAAUUCAGGCCACUGAUUCAUCUGAAGUGGAUCUUGAGACUCUUCAAGACCGAGCUAAGUGAUCGAUUUCAAAGGCUCCAUAUAUAUUAUAACCGAUGAAGGGCCCUUUUUGUUCAUCUAGUGACGCAAACUGAUUUGCAUGUUUUGUGAGACAAAGAUGCAUAUACCUUCCUAGCUUGGUUAAUAAACAACUUCAUAACCCGGGAGGCUGAUUACUACUGAUUAGUCGUUCUUUCAGUUUCUGCUGUUGUUCUGGUUCCUUAAUACAGUUUAUUGAAAUCGAAUUCUACUCUCUUCAAACCUGAAUGAAGCAUGUAUGUUAUCUCUAUUGCAUUUUUGUAUGACUCUUUAUAUGUUGGUCUCUAUGUUUGGAUUCGCGUUGACGAUAUUCCCUUGUCAAAGACUUAAUUUCUCUGUA